AUGGCUGCUCAUGGCCAUGGAUCUCUGCUCUCCAAACUGCAAAGGAUGAUGAAGGCUACCCUCCUGCUCUGCUUACUGGUGUCUAUGCUUCACCCCCCCAUCCACAGCCUGACUGAUGAGCUCAAGGCAACAGAUCCCCAGGAGCCACAUCCCCAUGAGGGAGAUCCUCUUGAGUCCUGCCAACGGAUAGUCCCCAGCAACACAGACUUUGCUUUCCAGUUUUACAGGCAGGUGACCACCCAAGAACCUGACAAGAAUGUUUUCUUUUCACCAGUCAGCAUCUCCACUGCCUUUGCCCUGUUAGCCCUGGGCUCUAGAGGUACUAGCAAGGCUCAGGUACUGCAAGGGCUUGCUUUCAACCUCACCAACACCCAGGAGGAGGAGAUACAUGAUGGCUUUCAUCAUCUCCUCCUCUUGCUGAACCGCCCUGACAGCCAGGUGCAGUUGAACAUGGGGAACACUCUGUUCAUGGACAAACACCUGAAGCCACUGAAGACAUUUCUGAAGGACAUAAAAAAACUGUACAAAGGAAAAGUUGUUUCUAGUAACUUCCAGAAUUCCACUGAAGCUAAAAAAGAGAUCAAUGAUCACAUAAACAACAAAACUCAUGGCAAUAUAAAUCAAAUACUUCAAGAUCUCAGUCCAAAUGCUCUACUGGUAAUUGUUAACUACAUUUACUUUAAAGCCUACUGGGAAAAUCCUUUCAAUAUUAAGGGGACUCACAAGGAUUAUUUCCACGUGAAUGCGAAGACUUCAGUUGAAGUGAAGAUGAUGACUCGAGAUGGAUUUUAUAAAACAUAUUCUGACAGAAAGCUGUCUUGCGAGGUGGUGCAGAUUCCUUACAAGGGAGAUAUUGUAGCGUUAUUUAUCCUGCCCAAUGAAGGAAAAAUUAAACAGUUGGAAGAUGCCCUUACAAAAGACAUUGUGUCUACAUGGGAAAAAUCACUCCAAAGACGGAGGAUGGAAGUGUAUCUUCCAAAACUAUCCAUUUCAGGCAUCUAUGACUUGAAAAAGAUGUUCAUGAAUCUGGGUGUAACUGACGUGUUUUCUGACCCAGCUGAUCUAUCUGGAAUCACAGGAAAGCCUGAUGUGAAGGUCUCUAAAGCCACUCACAAGGCCCUGCUGAAGAUUCAUGAGAAUGGCACAGAGGCUGCAGCAGUCACUAGCACAGAUUUUCUUCCUCAUUCUGUUCCUCCUGUUAUUAAGUUCAAUCGUCCAUUUUUGCUGUGGAUUGUUGAUCAAUAUACUCAGAGCAUACUCUUCAUGGGAAAAGUUGUAAACCCAACUGAGAAAUGA